AAUACCAAAGAUAAUAUCAUGGAGUGGACACCAACACAGGAAGGGCUUUCACAGCUGUUACAGCUGCUUAAAGAUUCAGUCUCCUCAAAUAACGAAAUUCACACCAUGAUACAACAAAAACUCGAUUCAUUUAAUAAAAUACCCGAUUAUCCAAAUUAUCUUGUCUAUAUUCUCACUCAGAUGCCACAAGAGGAGGCAUCAACCCGUGCAAUCGCAGGUUUACUUUUAAAAAAUAUUAUCCGUGUGCAUUUUUCGUCAAUUCUAAGUGAGGUGCUCGGAUAUGUAAAGACAUUAUCGAUUAAGGGGUUAGGCGAUCCUGAUGUUAUGGUCCGAGGUAUUAUCGGAAAUGUAAUCACCACAAUCGUGACGAGAGGAGGUUUAGCAGAUUGGCCGCAAGUCUUGCCAAGUUUGAUGGGAUUAUUAGAAUCUCCAGAUUAUAAUGUUGUAGAAGGUGCAUUUGGUGCAUUGCAAAAAAUUUGCGAGGAUUCCGCACGAGAACUGGAUCAAGAGAUUGAGGGAGAACGACCUCUUAAUUACAUGAUUCCCAAAAUAAUUGAAUUCUUUGAUUCCCCACAUGUAAAAAUUCGUGUAUACGCAGUAUCAUGCAUAAACCAGUUUAUUCUCAUGCGAUCGAAUUCUCUUUUCAUUCAUAUUGAUGCAUUUGUGGCGGCUCUCUUCAAAAGGGCCGGUGACGAAAAUCCAGAGGUCCGUAAAAAUGUUUGUCAAGCUCUGGUAAUGCUGCUUGAGGUACGUCCUGACAAGCUUAUGCCUGAAAUCAAUAAUGUUGUGGAAUAUAUGCUUUAUUCCACUCAAGACCAAGACGAACAAGUUGCGCUUGAAGCAUGCGAAUUUUGGUUAGCAUUUGCAGAGCAAGAAGAACUUCGAGAGCAUUUACGCCCAUUUCUCCCGAGAAUUGUUCCCGUGUUGUUAAAAGGCAUGGUGUAUAGUGAUAUGGAUAUUUUGACUCUUGGAGGGGAUGAAGAUGAUACCGACGUUCCUGAUAGUGAAACAGAUAUUAAACCUCGUUUUCAUCGGGCAAAAACACACACAUUUGAACGCACAGAAACAAAUGGCGGCGAAGCCUCCGUACCUGCGACAGCUGCGUUGGAUGUACUUGCUACCGUUUUCGGUAAUGUAUUGCUGGAAAUUUUAUUGCCAUUCUUGCGAGAGCAACUGUUUCAUCAAGAGUGGAAGCAUCGAGAAUGUGGAAUCUUAGCUCUUGGAGCUGUAUCUGAAGGAUGCAUGGAUGGAGUGGAACCUCACUUACAAAAUUUGGUCCCCUAUCUUAUCCAAACUCUUAAUGACCCCAAGCCUCUAGUCCGUUCAAUUACAUGUUGGACCUUGGGCCGUUAUUCUCGAUGGUGCGUAAAUCCUUCCAAUACACCGCAAGAUAGAUCAAAAUACUUCGAACCUUUGUUGGUCGGGGAAGCGGCAUGUAGCGCCUUCGCUACUCUUGAAGAGGAAGCUUGCGAGUUACUCAUUCCUUAUUUGGAUCCAAUUCUUCGAAAUCUUGUUUUUGCUUUCACCAAAUAUCAACACAAAAACUUGCUCAUCCUUUAUGAUGCUAUUGGUACCUUAGCCGAUUCCGUUAGUGGAGCGCUUAAUAAAAAAGAGCACAUAGACAUUCUCAUGCCGCCGCUUAUCGAAAAAUGGCACUUGCUUAAGGAUGAUGAUAGAGAUUUGUUUCCAUUAUUAGAGUGUUUGUCGUCUGUCACAACAGCUCUUGGAUUGGGAUUCCAGCCUUUUGCUCAACCAGUUUUUGAACGUUGUGUCAAAUUGAUUCAUAACACUCUGGUUCAAUAUCAGCUACACCAACAAAAUCCAACGUUGGACAUGCCGGAUAAGGAUUUUAUGAUCGUUGCGUUGGAUUUAUUAAGUGGUUUAACGCAAGGGUUAGGAAAUCAGAUCGAGGCUCUUGUAUCCAAUAGCACCCCAUCAUUAUUGUCUUUGCUAAGCGUCUGUUUAACAGAUCCAGUCGCUGAGGUUCGACAAUCUGCCUAUGCGCUUUUAGGAGAUCUGUCAAUUGCUUGUUUCACACAUAUCAAACCUUUUCUUAAUCAAUUCAUGGUCGAUCUGAUUAGUCAAGUUGAUCCAAACGCUGAACAUGUUAGUGUUUGUAACAAUGCUGCAUGGGCAGCUGGUGAAAUCGCGUUGCAGUGCGGUUCUGAAAUGCAACCAUGGAUUCCUCCCCUGUUGGAACGAUUGAUUCCUCUUCUGACAAGUGAAACUACUCCUAGAACCCUUUUGGAAAACGCUGGAAUUACUAUUGGUAGAUUAGGUUUGGUGUGCCCACAAUUGGUUGCACCACACUUAGAUGUAUUUUCUGAAGCUUGGUGUAAAGCUUUGAGGUCGAUUCGCGAUAAUGACGAAAAAGAUACUGCUUUUCGAGGUCUAUGUGAGAUGAUUCAAGUCAACCCUAAUGGGAUUGCGAAGAGUUUCCUAUAUUUUUGCGAUGCGGUUGUUCAAUGGCAACAACCGCCGGAUGAACUAAAUGAAAUAUUUCGUAAGCAAAUGAUGGGUCCUAAUUGGGAAGCGUACACAAAUCAUUUCCCACAACAUAUAAGGCAGAGGCUUCAUGAGCGAUAUGGACUUUAA